AUGUCUAGAGAAAGCUAUAGUGCUCCGCAUCACAACCUCACGCCCCGUAAAGAGGGUGCUUUUACGAAAUUCAGACUCGCAAGCAUGGUUAACCGCGGAGGGAGAAAUAAUGGCAAGCCACAUUGUCAAAGAUGCGAAAAGGCCGGUUUGAACUGCGAGGGAUAUGUCACAUAUGAAGAAUUCGUUGAUGAGACAAAACGAUUUGCUACUACAGACAAGCCUGAGGCGAAACCCAAGGAGCUUCAAUUGCAGCUAGCCCACACGCAGCAACACGUUUCUCGACCGUUCCGUCCACUCAUCAACGAGAAUGACUUGAUUCACGCUCAUCUCCUCUCCAAAAUCGACGGAGUCCUACCAUUAAUGACCAACCUCGAAUCACUACCCUCUUCCACUUCAACACGUUCUCUUUCUAUACGGGCACUGGCAGCGGUGUACUUUGGCAAAACUAAUUCUGACAAACGCAUGUGUGACUUGGGAACGAGAGAGUACGUGAAGGCUUUGAAGAAAGUGCACACAGAUUUGUCGAGUUCAACGGCCGUUCUAGAGUGGGACACGUUGGUAAAGCUAAGAGGCCCGUGGAGGCAUCAAACACCUCUCGACAGAGAACUUCUACGACAGUGUCGCUUCGAGAUUAUUGUAUGCGCAUUGAUAAAGCGUUGUCAUUGCUACCUUGAACUGGAAGAUUGGCAAACCAUCCCGUGGCCAGCAGAUGUGCCAAAGACUUCCAGCGAUACUAUCCACGAAAUAUUCGCCCGUGUUCCAGGCCAACUUUACGAUAUGGAUCUCGUAGGAAAUGGUGUAGAUGAUGACGAAUUUGUGGACAGUUUGCGUCAGCGUGUUGAGACGACCCUCUCAGAUCUUGAGGACUGGGGACUUCUUUACCACCAUCCCCGUCCUCUGUCGGGUUCGGUACCAAAUAGUGCUGACAUCCAACACACCGUCAAAGACAUAGCACUACUUGCGCUACAAAGGGCUAUCAUUCUCUGCAUGUCAGACCUCUGCAUGCGUCUCAGAAUCCCUCUGAUAGCUGAGAUACCAGUUGCCUUUGAGAAUCAGCAAACGAUCAGAACGGCUAUCGCAAUUGAGAUAUGUCAACUGGCAAUUUUAUGUCUCGGCGAAGGGUCUACAAGGACAGAGCCAUUGCUGUUCAUAUUUCCUCUCCAGAUCGCAAGUAUGAACUUGCCGGCCGGAAGCGCCGAGGAGAAGAUGGCCGAAGAGGUAAUGAAUAAUGUUAUUGCUGGGACACAUGGGUUUGAGAUUGGACGAAGGCGAGAACUGAGACCGUCUAGGCUAGAUUGCUCUUGA